GCACAACACGUCUCCCUCCGCGCAUUCCUUCUUGCACAAACGAGUCCCAAAACAGUUCGCGUUAUACAAGCAUUUUUCAUACAUUUGCGCACGCACAAUGUAUCUUGUUUGUCACGAAAAACUCGGGAAGAAAUUAUAAGCGACUUGGAAUUGACGGAGAAAACGUUUUUAGCGACAAUCGCGGAAAAUCAAAGCGAUGAAAUUCCUCCGCGCAGCGCGCCAUUGACUGUAAAGACCUUUCAACUUCACAAAAACUGAAAUUGACAAACGUUCUCUUGUGUGGAAACUUUGUCACGACGAGUGUAUCGCCACAAUUCGAUAGGCGGGGAUCAUGUGUCGUGACGAAAUGACGGUAGAGGAUUAAGUUAACGUAAACAAGCAACGAUGGCUCGCCUGAGGCGGCAUUUUUCGCUCGAGAUAUCCAUGUAAAAUGCAGUUUGUGCUGUAGUUGACUAGUGCUCCGCGCGCUCCCGUUCUGCGUCCCUCAACUCGCUUCACGAUCCUGCGGCGCGAUAUGGAUGAAUAUGGCGAGGAUCCGAGCAAAAUGUUGGAAAACCUGUCUAUAUAUAACGUGUACAAUGACAGGAUGUACGGGGAGCCGAGCUCAGAGAUGGGGUUUAAGUCGGGUGCACUAUCUGAGCAGAAAAGUAAGCGAAUGAAUGGCAGCUCCUCACACGCGACUGGAAACAAAGUCUACAACGCGGCUCCGGUGCGCUCCGUCAACGGUAACCGACCCUCAGUGCCUUUGGAUUUAUGUUCUCCGCAACGGGAAGCGGUUUAUCCAGAGCCCGAUGCAUACUGCACCAAAUCUGAAGUUGCCUUGCCAUGUUACACCGGUGCGUCGGACCGGCUCAGGAGAUACACGCACGCGGAGGUGCAGGGGCAACGUUACAGCACCGGCUGCGCGUACGACGGGCUCAUUCUGGGCAAACAGGUGCCCGUUUCGGGCGUAAGAAGCAGCAGCAUGUGCAUAGGCAGUAACCCUGAUGGCAGGUACACGGCCACUAGCCCCCGGUCCAGUUUGGCUUCGUCCCACUCGUCUCAAGAUCAGAGCAAGCACACCAGUCCGAGGUCCAGCAUCAGCAGCCCGCGGUCCAGCCUGGUGUCACCCGGACAGGAGAAAUACUGCGAGGGGAACAGCGUGAUUAGUCCCCGGUCCAGCUAUGCGAGCACUGCCAGUGACACCAGUAAACAUUCCAGUCCCAGAACCAGCCUGAACAGCUACGACUGCGGGAGCAAACCGAGUAGUAACCGAACUAGUGGCAUCAGCAUGGGCUACGAUCAACGACACAUCAGCCCCAGGUCAAGUACCGCUAGCCAAUAUUCCAGCACCACUAGUCCACGCUCCAGCUAUUCGGAUUCGCGCUUCAUGCCCGCCGGAAACCACGAGCUGGAGGGCACCACGGUGCACAGCAUCCCCGUGACCAGCCCCCGGUCCAGCAUCUGCAGCCAGGACGGUGGUGCGCGACCAACCGGGGCGUCCAACUGCGUGGUCAGCCCCCGGUCGAGCAUCUCCAGCCACAGCUCCAGAAGCUCACGGAGCUCCCGGGGAUCCAUGAGCGCGUAUCCUGAGCUCCAGCUUCCCUCGCCGCGGUCAUCCAUGCUGGGACCCGGGUUACCGGAGGACGCGCUGCUGCAGGACUUCACUGAGCCAAACGGCCUCCACAAUAACCGCGUCCACCUUCAAACGUUCCCCGUGCUGGAAGAGCCUCAACAGCAGAAUACAGACGUGAGCAUCACCUUCAGUUAUGGGAAAACGGGCGCCACGGCGCAGCGCUUCAAGCUGCCGUACCAGGUUACUCCAUCCCGGGAUAGUGGCCCUAGUCAGGUGGAGAGGCGCCUAGAGGCCCUCACCCUGGAGCUGGAGAAAGAACUCGAGAUGCACAUGAAAAAGGAAUAUUUUGGUAUCUGUGUAAAGUGUGGUAAAGGUGUCUAUGGAGCGAGUCAAGCUUGUCAGGCGAUGGGGAACCUGUAUCACACUAAUUGCUUCACCUGCUGCUCAUGCGGGCGGAGGCUACGAGGGAAGGCAUUCUAUAACAUUAACGGAAAGGUUUACUGCGAAGAGGACUUUCUGUAUUCCGGAUUCCAGCAGACAGCAGAAAAAUGCUUUGUGUGUGGUCACCUCAUCAUGGAGAUGAUCUUGCAGGCACUGGGUAAGUCGUAUCACCCAGGCUGUUUCCGCUGUGUGGUGUGUAAGGAGGGGCUGGAUGGAGUUCCUUUCACCGUUGAUUUGGAGAACAACAUCUACUGUGUGAAAGACUACCACACGGUUUUUGCUCCUAAAUGUGCCUCAUGUAGCCAACCCAUCCUCCCAGCACAGGGUUCAGAAGAGACCAUACGAGUGGUGUCGAUGGAUAAAGAUUACCAUGUGGAAUGCUAUCACUGUGAGGAUUGUGAUUUGCAGUUGAAUGAUGAGGAGGGGCAUCGCUGUUACCCUCUCGAGGGGCAUCUGCUGUGCCAUCGAUGCCAUCUGCAACGGUUAAAGACCCAUCUACCUGCCCACCCACCCCCAAGUUACCCCCUUCACGUCACCGAACUGUGAACACACAGACUUGUGCUGAAGAACAGAAAAAAAGACACACUGAUGGGUGGAGUUUAUCACAUCACUCCUUCAGUGCCACAAGAGAGAGAGAGAGAAAGUGGAAAUCAAGACAGAGAGAGUGUCUUUCCUUCCCUUAAACACUAAAUAGGGAACUCUGUCAUGUCUAGUUGCCACUUGAUUAAGGUUUACUUAACCAACUGGGGAGUUUAGAGUUGUAUUUUCAUAAUUUUCCUCCCCCAAUCAUCUUCUCCUCUCUCGCUUUGGUCACAUUUGCUUUUUCGAGGGGUUUUGACUGCAUUCAUUCACACAGAUGAGAGAACAUGGCUUAUGCCGGAUAAGCCGAGGGCCGUAUAGACCCAGCGCUAGGUCGACAGCACUGCCACAGGGGAGCAGAGGGCGAUCUGUGCCUCUGUUGUUCCUCCAAACAUGACCUCUGCCCGAGACACUGAGUGACAGACAACAGCACUAAACACACACAGACUGAUGUAUGACUUCUGUGCCUUCAUUACGAAUCCAGAGUUGGACACGUCGUCACCUCCUUCACUGCCUUUGAGAUCCACCAUUUCUGUGUGUGCGCACGUGUGUGUUAGUGUGUGUGUGUGUGUGUGAAAGUGCGUGUAUAGUGCCCACUCUUUUGUGCCUUGCUGCUUGGGCAUUUAAAGGAAUAGUUCACCCAAAAAUGUAAAUUAUUUACUCAACCCCCUUGUCGCUGCAAACCCAAAUGACUUUAUAUGCUACUAUUUUCCAUACAAUGACAGUUUCUCUCUCUCUCUCUCUCUCUCUCUCUCUCUCUCUCUCUUUCUCUCUCUCUCUCUCUCUCUCUCUAUAUAUAUAUGUAUAAUAAAAAGAGCAGCCAGGAUGUUCUUUAAAAAUCCAUGUUUUAGUGUUACACUGAAAAAUAACAACAUAUGGGUUUGGAAUAACAUGAGGGUGAGUAAAUAAUUACGCAGAUUUUUUUAUUUUUGUGUGAAGCGUCAGUUAAAUGCCUGAACUAGAGGCAGCAGUUGGCUGAACAUUGGUGGCACAAAUGUGGCUUAGUUCAUAACAAAGUGGCGUUGUGAUGCCACAUGACAAGUCUGCUGCACAUAAUUGGACCAUUUUAACAAGUGUAUAUUUUGCAUAUGCUUCACACUAGGUAUGUUAAUGAAAUCUCUCUGGCUGGGGUCAGAGAGAUCAUUAAGAUCUGACACCAGCAAGAACAGGGUUCUCCACUGAAUUCCGCUUUCUUUGCUCUUCAGACACUGGUUUGCCUCUGGACGAGCACUGAAAACCGCCGAAGUGUCGGGUGCCUUCCUGCCUUAAAUAUUUCUUAAACAUGGAGUGGACAUUCCUUUUUAUGUCUCUCAGGAGACUCUUAAGGGACUCUAGAGGUGGGCUGAUGUGUGCAGGGGUCAAAGGUCAUGCCUGGAUUUGCUGGACUCAAACAGGCCAAUCAGAGACCACCUGCGUUUGUCCUGCAAUGAGUUUGUUUUUGUGUUUGACCAGGGACAAAGUGACAGGAUGUUUUUUUGGUCACUUGGUGUCCAUAGAGUUGAACAGUCUUGUUCUAAAGUAAAAAUUCCACAAAUUUACUCGAUUUUUAUCAAAUACUUUUAAAUCUUUAAAUCAUACCGUGAGCUCCGAGGUUGUUAUUUGAUUAUAUUUGCUUCUUCUGAAGCCAUCAGUCUGCGUUAUUUCAACUUCAUAACUAAAAAAAAAAAAACAAAUCCUGUUUAGUAGUGGAAUUUGUGGUAAAUAACUUCAUACCCAUGAUGCUGUAGAGAAAGGCCCAACAAUCAGACAAUGACAGCAAACAAAGAGUGCCAACAGAACUUUUCAGCUCUUUGUGUCCCUACACCCUCAAACUACUAAUAUAUUUGUAUAUAUAUCUGAAUAUUUUACAAUACACUUAAAAUAUAUUGAUUCUAUACUUAUAAUCAACAACUUUUAGAUUUUUCCAUUGUUUUUAAUUCGAUUACAUCAUUUGCAAUGCCUCAAGGGAUUGUAGUUCAUUCCCUCAUGAAAGACGUAAAGUAUACAGUCUUGUACCUUUGUCUAUUUGUCUGAUUUUCAAAUACAUUUUGCACCAAAUCAAAGUGUUUAAUUUUGUUAUCCACCUCGGAGCUGAUUGAUUUGGUUAAUGGCUUAAAAAGCUGAAAUCCCUAUGAAUCGAAUGAAUGGGCAAAGCACUUCCGGAACAAAGACGACUGAAAAAGUGGUACUCUAUUUCUGUGAUUGCGAUGGGAAUCCACACCCAGAGUGAAAUUGAAUUGGUCCCAGGAUUCCCAUGGUCAUUAAAAAACUGAAAAAGUCAAAAUAGACCUGGAAAUGUCUUGGAAAUUAAAGGUGCUGUAAGCUAUUUCUUUCACGGAAAGGUUUGCAAUGUCCUGCUCCAUGAAAAUAUUAAUGAAAUAAGUGUUGUGAGAUAUCUGACUGGUCUCUGUGACAGCACCUGUUAAAAGCAAACAAAAAUGUGUCCACGGGCUGCAGUUUCUGACACUUUCUGCCUGUCAAUCAUUUUGUGCAUUCUCAUGGUAUUGUUGUAGUUGCAGCAAAUUAUUGAGGCUUAAUGCCAUUUUUAUGCCAUGUUAUUUAUAACAGUUGUCAGUUGAGGGCGCUAUUUUUCCGCUGUUGUUUUUGACAACUGCUCCAUGUCGGUCUAAAUAAAGCUCAUUUGGUAUCUUUAGAAUGACGGUUUUGGAAAGUGGGGCGUGGCUAAUCCAACGGCUCAGCAUGGAAAUUCCAGAAUGGCUAAAAUCGCUUACAGUACCUUUAAUAGCAUCUUUAAAAGUCAUGGAAAUGUAUUCAGUGAAUAAAUUUUUUAUAGUUAUGCUUAGCUCUAAUGUAUUUCAUUGGCUUGAAAUUGCUCUUUGUAAGGUGAAACUCUACAUAAUUAUCCUUAACUAGUUAUAACAAAGGAAAAUAAAUUCACUGGUCAAAAGGUGUGGGAACCCUGUAGUCCAAAAUCCUGCUCCAUAUAACUUAUUCAUCAAAAAUGUUCUACAUUGUCCGUGAUUGUGUCACAGUAUUUUUGUGUGGAGAACAAAUUACUAGUCACUGGAAUCUUGUUGGAUCCUACUUGGUUUGGACACAGUGUGUUUGUAAGUGGAAGAGAGGGUCUGUGUGUGUGUGUAUGUUCAUGUACACCAGUGGCAGGACCACCGUGUGUGUGUGUGUGUGUUUGUAGCGAGCCUGCUUAACACGGCUCGUGAUGACUCUCUCUUACAGAACAACUCCCUUGCACUGUUCCAAAUCAUAGUGAGCUGCCUUGCUGUCUACUGUUUACAUAGACAGCUGCUUUCUAAAGGGCCAUUCACACUGACCAGAAUUAAUUCAUUUUCUGUGCGAGUUGACGAUUUAUUGCAACAUGAUGCAACGUUUUGCAUGCAUAUGAUGCCUUAAAAUGCUGUCUAAGUAGGCAGCUCACUAGGUUUGGGAACAGAGCCUGUUUGAGUGUGUGUGCAAAUGCAUGUUAUAUACACUCUCCUGUUACACACACGUCUACUCUAAUACUACUGAAUCACAGACAGAAACAGGCAACAUGUGUUUCCCCUGACUUGAGUGACUUGUGAGAGAUUUCUUGAAAUCCAGUGAUUCAUAUCUGCAAAUCAGACUGAAACUUUUCUGAUUUAACCAUGUGAAAAUGUGUUUUUAUUGACUGAUUACUGUAUCGGAAGCACAAAGUCAUUUAUGUGAAUAGAGUGUAAGAUUUAGUUAAAGGAAUAUUCUGGCUAAGUGCAGCUUAUUCAAGCAAUAUAUGGAUAGCAUCGGUGACAUGUUUCAGAUUACAACAGGAAAUUAUGUUGACACAUCCUAACAAAACAUGUGCUGCGAACUAUGUACUUACAAUGGAAGUCUAUGGGGCAAGCGUGCACUGGUUGAAAAUUGAGGUAUGAAUAUUAUCUGUAGAAAUGAACUGCAUGAAUGUUCAAUAUAAUGACAGAAUAUUCCUUUAAAACAUUUCCUGGUUUCAGAUCAUUCCCAGAGUAUAUCGUUUAAUAAAAGUGUGUAAUGUUUUUCUCCACGUUGUCUUAAUCCACUUUUAAAACGUACUACUAUUGCAUAGCACAACGCUAGAGUCCCUGUAAAUAAUCAGUUUAGAAUGUAUUUUCUGCAUUUAUCAGAGAUUCCAAUGAAUGCUAGCUUUCCUUCGGUUAGUUUUCUUUUUUUUAUGCACAUUUUAUGUUCUGUUGCAUCACUUUUUUUUUUAUCAUACAAUGUUUUGAUUUCCUAGAUAUUUCAUAAAGAAAAAGCAAAGUAGAUUUAUUUAUCUAAACGUGAAAAGUUUAAAGUUAUUUAAUGUAUUAAAAGUUGGGACGUAUCAUUUAACCGUAGAUUUAUGUAAUCUGCUUUUUAAAUAAAGUGGUUUUUGUAGUUAACUGAAACUGUGGCUGUGAUUUGGGUGUCAUUUGACAAGAAGGGGUGUGCUUUUGUGUCCCACAUUUACUUUUUUCUUUAAAAUAUUUGAUUUAUCAACCCUGUUACCAACUCAUGUUAACGUUCCUUAUUAAAAUAGUAUACUAUUCUGUAAAUCAGUGGUUCUCAACCUUUUUGACUCCAAGACCCCCCAUUGUUGGA